AUGCAGCGGAUUCAACGGCCAUGCAGGCAAAAGGAGGGCCUAGACGCGCUUCUGGGCCGCGCGAUAGCCCGCGUCUCGCAGCCCGGCUAUCAACCGAUCCCAUUAACGAAUGUCGACAAGGCCGGCAGAAGCUUAAGGAACGAAGUAGAACACCGGUUGCGCGAGCUGCGCGACGAGUACGAGCUGGACCGCGAGGAGUUGAAGCGCGAGGUGGAGAGGGAGAAGCGGAGGGCCGAGGAAUUUGUCGUCGGCAAGGACCGGGAUUUGAGGCAUACGAUCGAGCUGAAGUUGAGGAACGAACUCUCCGGCCACAAAGACCAACUGCGGCGGAUGGCCGCCGAGAAUUCGGACCUAUCCGAAAAAUUGCGGCUCCAACCGGAUUAUGCCGGGUUGAAGGAGGAGAACGGGAGACUGAGACAACAGUUGGUGGAGGCGAGACGGAUAUCUGGGGAUACGGUAGCCGGGGUGGCUCGGCUCGAAAUGGCACAACAUCAACACAAAAUGGCCGAAGACGCGGCGGCGCUGAAGAUCAGGGAGCUGAGGCUGGGGAUGACGAUGAUGAACGAUCGCCUGAAGACUGUUUCCCAGGAAAGAAGCUAUCUACGGCAGCAGGUCAAGGAAUUGCGACGUCGCGAUUUGCAUAAUCUUACGAUACAGCGCUCCAGAAGCAUCUCGGCUUCAAGGCGACCACGGAGGAUAAGCCCCUCGACGUCUCCUGUCUCGUCCCUCUCUUCCGAUGGCGAUUCCGAUGUGGCCGAGAUUCGAAAGCGUCUCCGAGCCCUUGGUGAUGCUUCAAAAGACCUCGACGCGACGGCCGAUCGUAUCUUCGGUUUCCGGGCCACCGUCCUCGACGACGACUGGACCGCCGGGCAGCUUGAUGAUUUUUGCAGAGAUCAGGCGAUCGAGGAGACGAGGUCAAGGCAAAUACACCGUCCCGUGGCCGUUCGACCGGCCCAGGUUUCCGAUCCGAUUUUCCGCGCCCCCGAGCAGCCAAAGACAGAAACGAAACCCAGAAGCGUGAAGCUGCCCUCCCCAGCGCAGUCUCCGCCUAAAAACUCGCCGAAAAAGGAGACAACCCCGCCAGCCGAACCUACAAAAAACGAGCUGACUUUCGAGGAGAAGCUGCGUCAACGCGAAGCGCAGCGGAAUCGGGCGCUUGGCCUGAGGAAUGAUCCGGAAGAGAGACCCGAAACUGUUCAAAGGAAUGUGGAAGCUAGGCAGGAAGCCCCAACUACCGUACCCGCCACCGAAAAUACCGUAUUCGAGGGCGUUGACCCGGUGAUGGCACGCUACAUGGCGAUGGUGAUGAAACAAAGGGACGGCGGGGGAGAAGCUGAAGAAAAGAAAACAACCUCCCCGCCCGGUCGUGAGGAAGAGCUGGAAGUGCCUAACCUUCGGUUGGAACGGUAUGAGCCGGCGAACGACGACUUCGAGUGG